CGCUCCCGGCCGCCCUGCUGCGGCCGCGCCCGGCUCCGCAGGCUCCAGCGGUUCGCUGGGAUGCCUUAAAGGACCUCUGCGUUCCCGCAGUUCAUUCCGGGCUGCUCCCGCCUCUUCCUCCUCCUCCUCCUCCUCCUCCUCCCCACGGCUGCGAGCCCCUUCUUGAACUGCUCCGCACGCUAUCGCUGCUCGGUGCAGGCGGGCAUUUCCAUGCGAGCGCCAGCCGCCCGCUGCUGUAACGAGCAUCAGCACAUCAUCCACCUUCCGCUCCGAAUACGGAGCGGUUUCAUUACUUGUGCUGGUGCAGGGACCUUUUUUUCGGCAGGAAGGUCCAGUGUAAGUUUAUUUUCGGCUUCCGCUCUCCUGUACCGGCCAUCGGUUUUGUUCACCGUCCCCCGGAGCCGAGGGAACCGAAGUUGCCAGGCCGGGCGGGCGCCGCCCGUCCCCGGGGAAGCCCGGCGGCGUGAGGCCGCCCGCCGCCUCUGCUUAUGCAACACAUCAUCGAUAACCACCCCGACAUGGCCACGGCGCUGUUGGCGGGCGAGAAGCUGAAGGAGCUCAUCCUGCCGGGGCAGCAGGAUGACAAGGCGGGCGCGCUGGCGGCUCUGCUCCUCCAGCUGAAGCUGGAGCUGCCCUUCGACCGCGUGGUCACCAUCGGGACCGUCCUCAUCCCCAUCCUCCUCGUCACCCUCGUCUUCACCAAGAACUUUGCCGGACAAGUGGUUUCAGAGAUUGGGCAAAAAAGGCUUACCUUACCUUGCUGAUCAUGGAGAAAUUUGUAACUUAGGAAGACUUCAUGGGUAUGGAAUCUGUAUUCAGAUUGGAAAGAAUAUCCCCUAAGAAAGAGAGAAGAGGAUCCAGGACAUUUCUUCUUUUGCAUUUCAAAAUUGCUGAAAAAGUACUAAAUAAAUAAUUUCUGUUUCUAAAAAUAAAUAGUUUGCUACCUGCUUUCUUGUGCAAUCCUUUUAGUACCCAAGAUGAGUGAGGCAGUUUCUAAUGUAUUUUGUCUGUUAGAAAUGUGUGUACCAGGAAGUGAUGGGCACAGAGAUUCUACCUAAAUCUUAUAUUUCUCCUUGGAGACAAAUGGAGAGGACUGCACAAGGAGUGCUUCAGAGAUCUUGACUGGAUUGGCAAUUUAUCUUCACAGGCAGAUUGGGCACAGGUAUGAGGAUGAUUUAGCAGCUCUCUUCAAGAGGGCAGGAUGCCAUUUGCUAGGAAGCACUAGGCUAGGGUGAGUCUGUAGUGUAUUUAACUCAGUAAGUACAGUUAUCAGUGUACUUACCUGAUACUUAGCUUGGGUCUCCAGCAAGAGUGUUUAGGCACUUGUCCAGAGGAUGGGAGAUCCAGGCUAUUCAGCAGCACCUAAUCACCAGUUCUGCUGCCUAUACCCUGUGCAGUCACACUGAAUGUUUACUAGAUCCUUGAAGAAAUCUUCACACAAGAGCCAUACUUACCUUUGCCUUGGUGUAGCAAGCCCAAGAAUUUCCAUCUUUUUUUAGGUUUUUGUAUUCUAUUUUCUCAAAACCGUUUUGUUUUUUCUGUCUGCUGUUGGAAAAUUUUACUGUUUCUUCUGCUUUAUUCAAUUACUGCACUGGAAUGCUGAAUAAUGCAUUUCAGUGGGAAGAUUAAUGAGGUGUGAUUUCUUUUUCUAGAAUAAAUUCUAAAAGCUGGAGGUCACAGGAGGCAUAUACCAUUUGAUAUCAUGGUUUAUAUUUUGGCAAAAAUACUUUAUUCUGCUGGGAAUGCAGUAGGUAUGAAAAUUCAUUUGGCCUGUUACGUAGGAGCAUAUACUGUUUAUUAUUAAUAUUUUCUUUUUUUGUAAUGCCUACCAAAGCACUCUAAAUGUGUUGUCCACAUUCAGUUAAAUAACUUCUGCUUGUAAUAGUAUUUUAGAAGUUUUAAAACUACAGCAUCAGUUCUUCAAAGAGAAAUGCACGGGCCAGAUUUUAUACACUGUGAGUAAUAACAUCACCUUAAGGGAAAUGUCCUAUUGCUUAAGCAUGCAGUUGCUUAAGUCUUUUCAGGAGCAAGCCUGACUUUUUACAGCACUGAAUGUUAAGAGAUUGUCACUGUUACCUCUAUUUUUAAGUGGUGAGUGUGUUAGAUGCAAUUCACUCGCUUUCCCAAGAAGACUUGUAAAGUCUUAACUCUUAAUAGACAGUGGGGAGUGAUGUGUAUGUACAAUUUCACCAUAUCUUCUUGACAGUGUCAUUUUAGUGUGCCAUAAACCACGUUUCUUGCAAAGUGUUUCUUGUUCUAGAUGGGCAAAUGCACACAUGUAUGCACACACACUCACCCCCUCAACACGACUUCCCUGAGCUGUGCUGCUGGCAUCUCUUCCUUUGACUGAGAUGAAAUACUGAGGCCUGAGCUCUAGCCACCUGUAUGUCUGGGAUAGCCUUCUGGCUGUAUUUUACUGGAUGUGUUCUUAAUGCUACUGGCCAUUGCAUUCAUUUUUUUAAAUGGCCAUUUCUCAAAAAUUAAAAAAAUUGCUGCUGCAUGAAUCAGCCAUUCUUGCUGGACAUGACUGACCUAAAGAAGAUGAAAAUGCAUUUUGAGGACAAUCAAUUGAGGAGAUUGUCCCUGCCUGAGCAGGAUGCACAGGCAGGUUGAAUAGCCUCUAGUUUUGGAGGUUUUGAGACUGACAAAACCCUAAUCAAGCUGGUCUGAAAUCAGCUGCUUUGAGUGGGAUGUGGGACUCAGCAUUUCUGCAAUUCUGCAUUGGAGUAUAAUUUCAGGAAAUGGUCUAGGAACAGGAAUCAUCAGAUUUUUCCACUGGUAACUCCAUUUCCACAUCUGAGAUUCAUUUCUGUAGGGGGAAGUUUUUUAAGGGUUCCAGCCCCAAACCUCGGUAUUCCCACCCCUUUCCUGAGGAAUCCAGAACCUUUAUAUUGUAUUAUAACUCCAGUUUCAAAUUUAGCAGGAGAUUUAUUUUACUAACAUAUUUUCAUGCCUAGUACUUGCAGCCUGGAAAAUGGUGUUUAAUUCAGGGCCUCUCAAAGAGGACAGUUGAAUGUGUACUGAAGUAUACUGAGGUUGGGGAACCACUGGGAGGAGGUGGCUGACCUUGGAUUGGGAACAGUAGGAGUGGGAGCGUGUGCCUGCAGGAAGCCCACAAGCAUUUCUCCAAGCCUUUUCUAAAAGCAGCAGACUUGGCAGCUCCUAGCUUCAAUAUUUUGACUUCACUUCUUUCCAUACUGUCUGUUUGAAUCUUUUCUAAAUAAUUUUUUUGAGCACAGCCCCUUCCCUUUAUUCUUCUCCCUACCUUGAGUGUCUUCUGCAGCCAUGCCCUUUUAUUCCCCUGGGGUAUGACUUCUGCACCAGAGUAUCUCCUACAAGUCACUUCUCUCCACUUAAGUAAUACUUAAAAUGAUGGGAUGGGGUGAGAUGUUGCACAGUGGAGCAUGUGAAAAAACUUAGCUGCCAAGGGAUUUUUAUUUUUCAGGUGGCAUAACACAGUCAGUUAUAUUACACAACAAAGUAAUUCUGUGUUGUUUAUUUCAUCUUGAUUGCACGUCUGAAAAAUGCAGUGAGAUCUCUCUCAUACCUUAUCCUAGAGGAUAGUUCUGCAGAUUUCUAAAAGCUACUUAGGUGCAUAGUGAGCAGGAUAAAAUGUAUAAAUAAAAUAAAAUGUAUUUAUUGAAAACAUCUGACAUACUGAAAAAAAGGGAAACAAAGCUUCUUAGCAUGCAUGUUUAGGCUUAAGUUGGUAUAGAAAACCAUCAUAUAUUACCAUCAAAGAGGUUGGUUUUUUUCAAUGUAGUAAUUAUUAGGAAUAUAUCUUUCAAGGAGCAGAGACAGAUUAUUUUUAUGGACUCUAGACUAGACAGCAUGAGAGGAUGACAAAUCCAUUCAGCCAUAACAAUGCUCCCAAACCUGUUAAAAAAUUUUCUUUAUAGCACUUUACUUCAUUGCCAUACGCAAUUAAACUGUGACAUCUCAGGAAAAAGCUGUAUUUCAUGGUGGCUGGAAUGAAAAAGGACCUUCAUACAGAAGAAUUAUGCUUAAGAAUUUCCAGGGUGAAAGAAGAGUGUCAGUAGAAACUUUGUAUAUUUAUGAAUAUAAAGUUAAAAGCAAAUACAUUUUUUUAUAUGGCACAAUCCAACAUCGGAGCUUUGAUUUUUAACAUCAUUGCAACCUUUUUUUCGUGCUACUUACCUCUCAGGAGAGCAUUAAAAAACAGGAAAAAAAAAUCUGCUGUCUUCUUGAAACUGCAUUAAGCAGGGGUCUCACAGCUGAGUGAGUUAUAUGUGUGAGAACUUGUUCCUCUGCUGUCCUCAUCACAUCUGCAUGUUAAGAUCCAGCUAUAUGUCAUUGCCAACUUUAAUGACAGGAUUAGUAUUGAAUUCUGCUUAUGAGAAACAUAGCAUUCUGCUUUGCCUUUUUUUUACUCCAUGGGAACAUUUUUACACAGGAAUCUGUUUGGUCUCCUGGGGAAUUCUACAAUAAGUCUUUGAUUGGAGGAGAUUAAAUUUUUUGUAUGCAUCCCUUCAUGGGUAGGGUUGGGAGGCCAUGUAAUUACGAAACCAAGGGAGUCAAGCAGCAUUUUCCUUGUUACAUAUGUCUGUAAGUACACAAAAAUAGUCUAAAUGGAAGUGCUUUAAGCUAUCCUCUGAGACUGAAGUUAGAUAAUUAUAAAAUAGUCUUCAAAAGCGAUAUUAAAGAAUUUGCAGGGCAUACUCACUUUACAUGCUGCUUUGAGUAGCAGCAUUUAUUCUGUAAACUCUGUUUAAGUUGGUAGUAUUAAUUCUCUCUAGGUCACAGAAGAGAUUUAUACCUCCACACCAAAAAACUGACUUUUGAUUUGCUCACAUGUGAAAAGUAACUGGUCAAGUAAGGAGUCAUUUGUUAAGCCAGAUAGAUUAGUGGGAGUUGCUUGUCUGUUAAUUUUUAAUAUUCUAUUUAUUGUUAUCAAUAUGAUUUUAUUUUUUUUCAUUUUUAUUAUAAAGAGAACAGUGCAACCACACUCUUCCAGGGAGCUGGUAUUGAUCUGAAUUGUAGACUACAUUCAGAGCCAGAGUGUUCUUGAUGUUCUUGAUGUUCUUGAGUGAUUCUCAAGUCAAGAGAGCAUGCCUCCUCCUAUGGGUCUCAUUCUGGGAAGUUUUUUAAAGGUGUACCAAAACACUGUAAAAUACAUUCUCUUUGUUCUACCUGUCAAAAUAGGAAAACAUGGUCUUUCUCUUUAAAUAGGGUGUCUUCAUAAUGGUCAUUUGCUCUUUGGGAAACUAAUGCUGCUUUUGCUUUCAUAAGUUUUUCUCUCUUUCUUUCAUGUAUUGCUAGAAAAAAAAUUGAUCAUGUUAGAACAUAAUUUAUCUACUGGGUCAAGACCUCUAUCUCAACAUCCUGAUGAUGAUGGUAAAAUACGAAUGUUUAGAAGGGGUGUUAAAAUAGACAAGUAUAUGGUGUAAUUUCCUUUGACAAACCCUUCUAUCCUCCAGCAGAACAUAAAUGAAACAUUUCCUGAGAGAAAAAUUGCAUCACUGUGAAUUUAAUAAUCCUUGCUAUGCUUUUCCUCCUAUUACUUUGUCUGAUAUCUUUAUUGGUCCAUAGUAUUUGUUUCUUCCGUAAUACUGUCUGAUGGCAAGUUGCAUUUAACUACACAUUGUGUAAGAAAAACCCGAAGUUUCAAAUGUAGAAUUAAAUUUUCAUACUGAUAGUUAGCACACCAGAUUCUGUCCUGGUCAGUGACACUUUUAUACAAGAAUAUUAGCUGAGAGGGAUACAGUUGACUAAAUCCUUCUAUGUCUUUCAUUUUUCUCUACCAUAUCAAAUGAGUUAACUUUGGUAAUAAUUAUUAAAAUAUUGCUUUAAGCUACAUCUAACUUUUUUUCUAUUUAGAAGAAUGUUUAGCUGGGAUGAAUCUUAGGAUUUAAUCUAAUUUUCAGCAUUUGCAUGGAACAUCCUCAGCUACUAGCUUUGUAGUGAAUAUCAGGUCUUUUACCUAUAUAGAGUUCACAUCACAGUUGCUUAGGAUAUUGUUUUCAGAGAGGUCAUUAAACCAAAAAUGUGUAUCUCUUGCUGACAUUUCUAACUCAGGCUUAUUCUAAAACUUUCAGGUAAAUAAUUUUGCCAUAGAGUUUGUGAGGAUGUGCAGCCUGAGCUGGCUAAUAGAUGUGGAGGGCUUAAGGGUCAUGUAAAGAUACAGUAAAAUAAAAUUUAUGUAAUUUGAAAUGUUUAUUUUCCAGAGCUCCUUUUGUAGGUUAAAUGCACAGCAGUGACUUUUCUCUCUGUUAUACAGAGGAGCCAAUAUACUGUUACACACCACACAACUUCACCCGCGAUCAAGCCUUGUAUGCCAGAGGAUAUUGUUGGACAGAAUUAAAAGAUGCCUUGCCAGGAGUUGAUGCCAGCCACUGGCCCUCCUUGUUUGAGCAUAAGUUCCUACCUUAUGCACUGCUGGCUUUUGCUGGGAUAAUGUACAUUCCAGCUCUGGGCUGGGAAUUUCUGGCCUCCACUCGACUGACUUCAGAGCUUAAUUUUUUGCUUCAGGAGAUCGAUAACUGCUACCACCGUGCAGCUGAAGGGCGGGCACCAAAAAUAGAGAAACAGAUUCAGUCCAAAGGCCCAGGGAUAACCGAGAGAGAGAAAAGAGAAAUCAUUGAGAAUGCAGAGAAGGAAAAAAGCCCUGAGCAGAACUUGUUUGAGAAAUAUCUGGAAAGAAGAGGAAGAAGUAACUUUUUAGCUAAGCUUUAUCUUGCAAGACAUCUGUUCAUCAUCUUUUUAAGCAUCAUACCAAUCACAUACUUAUCCACCUACUAUGCUACACAGAAGCAAAAUGAAUUUACAUGUGCACUAGGUGAGCCUCCAGACAAAACAAGCAGCUCCAAAUUGCACAUCAGAGUGAACUGUAAACUCCCAUCUGUCCAGCUCCAGCGGAUUAUUGCUGGUGUAGAUAUCGUCCUCCUCUGCUUCAUGAACUUGAUAAUCCUCAUCAACUUGAUUCACCUCUUCAUAUUUCGCAAGUCUAACUUCAUAUUUGAUAAACUGAACAAAGUCGGAAUAAAGACCAAGAAACAGUGGCAGAAGUCCCAGUUUUGCGAUAUCAACAUUUUGGCCAUGUUUUGUAAUGAAAAUAGGGACCACAUAAAAUCAUUGAACCGUCUGGAUUUUAUUACAAAUGAAAGUGAUCUGAUGUACGACAAUGUGGUACGCCAGCUGCUCGCAGCAUUGGCCCAGUCCAAUCAUGAUGCCACUCCAACCAUGCGUGAUUCAGGGAUUCAGACCAUAGACCCAAGUGUUGAUCCAGCAGACAUUGAUGCUAAUGAGCAGCUCAUCAUUAAGAGACCAAGGAAGAAGAUGAAAUGGAUCCCGACUACCAAUCCCCUUCCCCAGCCAUUCAAGGAGCAGCUAGCCAUCAUGAAGGUUGAGAACCAUAAGCCCGAUAAACCGAAGCCUGUGCGGAGAAAAACAGCAACAGACAGCCUUAUAGCUCCUUUGUUGGAGUCUGCUGCAAAAACCUCACAGCAAUCGUCCACUCAUAAGAGCGAGCAAAACACCAUCCCAAGCACAAGCAGUGAAAAAAAGCACACACGGCACUUUUCCUUGGAUGUUCAUCCAUAUAUACUUAGUAGCAAAAAACCCAAGCCAGAGGUUCAAGCCAUUCCCUCAAUGCCUACGUCAAAAAGCCAAGAGGGUGGAUUUUUAAACCAAGAAGAGAAUGUUGUAGUGCAUGUUACCUCCUCUCUCAAAGACACCCCUCAUCCUGCAAAAGAGAUCCUGUACUCAUCUGAGACAUGCAGAACUGUGCCUGCUGCUGCGGCUUUUGUCACGUGUAACCACAACCAUAUAGCCACAACUGCUGCUGCCACCAGUAUGGCUUUGAACCAGGUCAAGCCAGAGCCAACACCUGCACUGAGCUGCAACCCAGCCCACCCUCUGCUGCACAUCAACACGCUGUACGAGGACCAUGAGGAGGAAGUUUCAAACAUAAUGGACAAUGGGAUUCACUCACCCACUGACACCGGGGAGAUGCUCUCCAUCCCUACCCCGAAGCAGAUGCGGCUGGCCACGUUUGACGAGCCGAUGGCGAUCGUGAGCUCGGUGGAGUACUGAAGGGCCCGGGCCAGGCCCGGACCACGGCAGUGCUGGCCAUGGUCCCCCAGCAAUGCAACUCACUGCAUGAGCAUGGAGAGCUUUCUCACAGGCUAUAGCUUCUGGUAAUAACAACAAACAGUUUUUCAGGAUCACAUCAUAAGCACUGUCAGUCAUUUGAAGAAUAGAAUAAAGAAAAUCUGGUGGAAAUAGACCUUUAACAUUAAGACAACCAUUAGCUCUAACUCUAAACUAUAGCUUCCGGAUUUAAAUGGGAAUUAGCACAAUUUAUGAACAUUAAGAGUCUAAUGGCGUGCCACAGCAAUUUUAGUGAGUGUUUAAAUCUUUUGCAUUCAGAAUCACUGAUUAAAGUUAACAUGGAGAUGAGGUAUACUUCUUAAUAGCAGCAGUUAAAUAAGAGGUUUUUUUUCUAAGCAGGGAGGAUUUUUUUUUUUUAAUUCAGGAUUAUGAAAAAGUUAUAUGCAAGCAAAAUUUAUGUUUGUUUGUUUCUUUAGCUCACUAAUGUUGGGCUUGAUGGAGACAUAGCUGAAAGGGCCUUACUACCACCAGCAUUUAAGUGCAAAAGAUUGAUACACUUGAUCUCUUGCAUUUAUAAAUGAAAAUACCUGAAGUAUGCCCCGCCCUUUAACAUGCUUAUAUGUUUGAUGGAAGAUGAUUAAAUUAAGAGUUUAUUUUUUUAAAUAUAUUUUACCAUGGAAAAAAUUACUUUAAUAACUUUUCAAACCAGGUGUUACUUUUAACAAAAUGUGUAGAAGAGAGUCAUUGUAGCUGCUUAUUUUUUCAUAGUGUAUUUAUGAACCAGGUUAGAAACUUUCAUGGGUGCUUCACUGAUACAAACAAUCUUACAGAGGUCAUUACAAAACAUCUUACAAAACAUGAAACCAGCAAACCUGUUUUCAAAUAACACACAGUUAAAGAAGUCUAUUAAUUUAGUUCUAUUGAUUUGGCUAGUCCUUGAUUCAGCAAAAAUUAAGGCCAUGGAUGACACUGAAAUGACUCAUGUCUAAAACUAAGCACACACUGAAAUGGCUUUGCUGGAUCUGGGCUCUAGUGAAGGCAGACAAUAGUCCUGCAGUAUGUGCUAUUACUGAAUAUUUGCCAUCUUUGGCUCAAAGCACAUCUUCAUGCCCAUCUUCCUAUAAUUACGGUAUGUGUGAUUUAAUAGAAAACUCUAGUAUAACUAAAACUUCUAUUAAAAGUGUAUCAUGCAAUAAACAUUCUCAGCAAAAUUAUAGUGAAACAAAAAGUGACUGUGUUAAAACAAUAUUCCUAGCUGCAUUCAGAAUUACAGACUGUGUGUGUUUGCUUCAAAAUUAUGUAUAAUGGUAGAAAAAAAUAUGCAGCACAAAUAUGGGACUGAAAUCUUGAGUUUAUUUUUAAUUUAUUACCUCAGACAUGGAUAUAUUAUACCAAUAUUUAAUGAAAAUAGUACUAAAAAUAAAUGCCUAUUAUUCUGAAUAUUUUAA